CUUCCGCUCUAGUGCUGACGCGUCCCUGCGCCGCUCGUGUCCGACGUGUCAGUCCGCUCUCAGCCGCAGCAGGAGGAGAAGCUCAGAGUCAUGGCGCCCAAGGGAAGCAGCAAGCAGCCGUCGGAGGAGGACCUGCUGCUGCAGGACUUCAGCAGGAACCUGUCCGCCAAGUCCACCGCGCUCUUCUAUGGCAACGCGCUCAUCGUCUCGGCCAUCCCCAUCUGGCUCUUCUGGAGGAUCUGGCACAUGGACCUGGUCCAGUCGGCGCUCCUGUACGCGGUCAUGACGCUGCUCAGCACCUACCUGGUGGCCUUCGCCUACAAGAACGUCAAGUUUGUCCUCAAGCACAAAGUCGCCCAGAAGCGCGAGGACGCCGUCUCCAAGGAGGUGACGAGGAAGCUGUCGGAGGCCGACAACCGCAAGAUGUCGCGCAAGGAGAAGGACGAGAGGAUCCUGUGGAAGAAGAACGAGGUGGCCGAUUACGAAGCCACCACCUUCUCCAUCUUCUACAACAACACCCUGUUCCUGGUGCUGGUCAUCGUGGCCUCCUUCUUCCUGCUGAAGAACUUCAACCCCACGGUAAACUACAUCCUGUCCAUCGGCGCCUCCUCGGGACUCAUCGCGCUGCUGUCCACGGGCUCCAAGUGAAGGGCCCCGUGAAAGGAAAGAAGGGAGGGAGGGCCGUGGGCUCACGUUUCAAAUUCAUGAAAUUCAUGAACAAAUGUCUGGGGACUUUUGCUCCAGGUCUUUUGUGUUGUGCUCUCUUUUGUAUCAAUAAAAACCACCAUGACGUCCCUCUGUGUCCGGCU